AUGUCUGAGGAAUUUAUUGCUGCUUCCACGCUGGCCAAAAAUUUGGAAUUCGCCAAAGGUAAUGAGUUCCAUACCAUUUUGACCACUUUACGAUCUCCACUAUAUAUCGAUGAACAUCUGCUGAAGUCUGAACUAAGCUUUCUUGUUACAAAGAUUUUGAAGUUGAUUAGAUCAAGCAAUGACUUUGAUCUUUGGAAAGGGUGCCAUACUUCUGUCGUAGUUUGCGCUUACAAUCCAUUGAUUCUAUCUACUCAUGGUGGUCAAUUAUUAGCUGCUAUUUAUUCUAGACUGGAACAGAAAACCGGCUUCUACUCAUCCGUUGUCUCUUCGUCACACGGAAAACAACUUUUUGAUACAUUGGUUUCCUCUAUGGCAGUUAUCAUUGAUUUAGUGAAAAGCAAACCUACUUUAUCAAGAGAAGCAUUAGUGCCCAAAUUAAAGGCCAUCAUUCCAACAUUAAUUACUUUGUCUCAAUACGAGCCUGAACUGACUUUGCCGGUUCUAAAAAAGAUCUUAAAGAGAAAUACCACCACUUUCAAGCCAUUUGUUAAUAAAUUUCGCAUUGUGUUAACAAACUUGAUAAAAUCUGAUUACGCGUCUUUAGGCUCAAAGACUCAAAGAUUAGUCUGUGAGAACUUUGCUUAUUUGCAUCUGUUAAAAAUUCAAGCAAGCAAUGCAAACGAUGACGAAUCCCAAGCACAUCACAAAGUUUACCCUGAUGCCAAUUGGAGAACAGGGUUGUUAUCUAUUCUAUCUCAAUUCAAGCCUAUCAUUCAAUUGUGUGAAGAAAUCUUGGAUUUUGAACAAGAUAAUGAACUACAGAAAUUGGUCAAGGCUUUACCAGUUGACAUCGAAUCGAACAACGAAGUCGAAUUUUUGCCCAAACUGAAACUAGAUUUCAACGCACCUUUAACUUUAUGGGAAAUUCCACAACGUUUGUCAUUAUUAGUUGACAUGCUUGUCGCAUUUAUCUCUUUACCUACUCCAUUUCCCAUUAGAGUUCCAUUGGGUAGUAUCAACUCUGUUUGUGAAGUUUUAUUAAGUGUCAGUCAAAAAUAUCUACCUUUGAAGAAAGAGUUGCGUCGUGAUAAUGAAUUGAAUGGUUCCAUCAAUAACAUUUUGCCUCAAAUCCAAUUCCAGGGUAUCAGGCUAUGGGAAAAUGUGGUUUCAAAAUACGGCAAAUGUGGUUUGUCACUUUUUGAAGGAAUUCUUUCUUCCAUUGAACUUUUUAUCCCAUUAAAGAAAAAGAGUAACAAUGAAAUCGAUUUCAAUGUAGUCGGGUCAUUAAAAUAUGAAUUUUUUACAGUUUUCAGACUAGUAAACAUGAUUAUGUCCCAUUUAGGGCAUCAAUUGAACACAGUCAGUGUUGUAUCUCAAUUAAUUGAUGUCGCCUUGUUUCUAUCCCGUGAUAGGACUUUAGUUGAUUCUUUAUUUAAAAGCCGGAAAGGUAACUUGAAGCAAACUAAAACUAAGCAAUCAAAGAAGAACAAAAACAACGAAGGUGCACUAUCCGAUAUUUUUACACAUCCAGAGCUGUUUGUGUUCAAAAAUUCCAUAGAUUGGUCGAACGAAAUCAAUGAAUUUUUCAUUACUUCUUUGAAUAACUGGAUUUUACCUUCCACACCACAUAUUCAAAUUUUGAAAUAUAGUAUUACUCAAUCUCUAAGAUUGAAGGAAGAAUUUGGUUAUAUUCCAGAAAGUUUUGUUAACCUUCUACGUUGUGAAGUUCUCCAUCCAGGUAAUGAACGUGUAUCCAUUUUGCCCAUUGCUAUAUCAUUAUUGAAGAACGCCAACGAUGAUUUAUUUGAACUACUGUGUCAUCCAAAGGUCCCUGUUGGUAUGGUCUACCAAUUGCACAAACCUUUGGACUUGGGCGAACAGGAGGAGCAAGAAGAAGAAGAAGAUAUGGGUGAGAGAGGGAACAGCGUUACUGGAUCAUAUUCGCAUGCGAUUGUAGACACGAAGGCCUUUAAAGCAUUGGACAAUUUAGAAAAUGUAGUUAUUCCUGAGCCUGAACGAACAGUUUCUGGACCAGUUGAUGAUGCCGCUGUAUUCAAAAAGAGAUCAGUAGAAGAAGUCUCCGAAAGGGAAACCACGUCGAUGAAUAAGAAGGUUAAAAUUGUGGAAGAGGCAACCUCGGAAACUAGCGAGGGAACUACUGUGGAAACAAUUGUGGCUCAAACAAAGGUUGAAGUGAAAUCAGCAGAGGAAAGUGAAGGUGAAGAAGAUGAAGAGUUUGAAAUACCAGCUAUCGAAUUAAGUGGAGAUGAAGAUGAAGACGGCGAGGGCGACGAAUAG